CUCCUCCAGAGAGUCAGUGCUGAAGAUGAGGGAGAUUAUUCCUGUGCUCUAAAAGGCCAUUAAGGACACCCAUCCACACCAGUGAAGCUCAACGUCAUGUUCCUAAAGAGAUUCUCCCACUGCUGCUAGGAUGAGUGUCUCUCAAGAGACAGAGGAGGCUACAGGUCACAGUGAGACACUCACACCAGAGUCUAGUUUGCCCACAGAGAAUGAUAAGGACAUGGACGAUUAUGUAUCAGCACACACUGAUGCAGGUCUUUCUAGCCUGCAGAUGAAGAGAAUUCCCUCUCCAGUUCCAAGCCAUAUGUCUGUGAAUACCAACCGAUCUAUGAGUCCUCAUCCCCCCCACUUCAGCAAUGAAUCAGCCCCAUCAAGUCCAAACCUGCAGAUGAAGAGAAUUCCCUCUCCAGUUCCAAGCCAUAUGUCUGUGAAUACCAACCGAUCUAUGAGUCCUCAUCCCCACUUCAGCAAUGAAUCAGCCCCAUCAAGUCCAAACCUGCAGAUGAAGAGAAUUCCCUCUCCAGUUCCAAGCCAUAUGUCUGUGAAGACCAACCGAUCUAUGAGUCCUCAUCCCCACUUCAGCAAUGAAUCAGCCCCAUCAAGUCCAAAUUUCUGCAGGCAGUGCAUCAGCAGUCACUGGGAGCAGCCUGGACUACUAGGAGACCAAGCCUGUCCCCAGUGUGGGAAGACAUGCAGAACACAACCUUCUCUACAGCGUCCUGUGGAAACCUGCAAACAGCGGCACUCUCAACAUACACAAGUCAUUAGGACAAAUAUAGACGAUGGGGUCCAAAGAGACGUUGAACAGAAUCAUAAAGCCAUUUUGAAGAGGAAGUUUGAAGGUAUAUCUGAAUGUAUUAAUAAGCCCGAUGACCAGAGACUUCUCAAAGAGAUCUACAUAGAGCUCUACAUCACAGAGGGAGAGAGGGAAAGGGAGAAUAAGGAACAUGAGGUUUGGCAGGUAGAGUCAGCAUCCAGAACACAAACCACAGAAGACACACCAAUCAACUGCAAUGACAUCUUCAAGCCCUUACCUGGACAGGAGAGGCACAUCAGAACUGUGAUGACCAAAGGUGUUGCUGGCAUUGGAAAAACAGUCUCAGUGCAGAAGUUCAUUCUUGACUGGGUAGAUGGAGAAGCCAAUCACAAUAUAAACUUUAUAAUCCCACUGUCUUUCCGUGAGCUCAAUUUAGUCAGGGAUGAUGUGUAUAGUCUUCAAAACCUACUGACUGACUUCCACCCUGAGCUGAAGAAGCUGAACAGUGAAGAAUACACCAACGGUCAGAUUGUGUUCAUCUUUGACGGUUUGGAUGAGAGUCGAAUUUCACUAAAUUUCCAUGAAGAUCUACUGGUAUCUGAUGUAAAACAAGCGUCACCACUGGAUGUUCUAAUAUCAAGCCUCAUUCAGGGAACUCUGCUUCCCUCUGCACUCAUCUGGAUAACCUCACGACCUGCAGCGGGCAGUCAAAUUCCUGCUUGUUUCAUCGACCAGUUUACAGAAGUACGAGGGUUUAAUGAUCCACAGAAAGAGGAGUACUUUAGGAAGAGAAUCAGUGAUGUGAAUCAGGCUAAUAGAAUCAUUGCACACAUUAAGGCAUCCAGGAGUCUCCACAUCAUGUGUCACAUCCCAGUCUUCUGUUGGAUUGCAGCUACUGUGCUGCAACAGAUGCUGGAACGGGACAGCACCCAGGAAAUCCCCAAAACUCUGACUGAGAUGUUUAUACACUUCUUGCUCAUCCAGACCACCAGGAUGAAUCAAAAGUAUGAAAGUGGAACUGAGACAAAUGAAGAGAAGCAAUCACAGAGUGACAUCAUACUGAAGCUGGCAGAACUGGCUUACAAUAAUCUGGAAAAUGGCAAUCUGAUGUUUUAUGAGGAAGACCUGAGAAACUGUGGCAUUGAUGUUGAUAAGGCCAUACAGUACUCUGGCAUGUGCACUGAGAUCUUCAAAGAAGAAUCUAUGUUUCACCAGAGGAAGGUCUUUUGUUUUGUGCAUUUGAGCAUCCAGGAGUUUCUGGCGGCACUCCAUGCCUUUGUUUCAUACAGCUGUCUGAUAAGAAGUCUCGGCUCACUCAUCUGCUUAGAAGGGUUACUGAAGCUCGCAAUAUCAAAAGUGUUGGAAAGUAGAAAUGGACACCUGGAUCUUUUCCUACGCUUCCUUUUGGGCAUCUGUCUGGAAAGCAACCAGAUACUUUUGCAAGAUUUCCUGGACUGCACACACAACAGUUCAGGCAGCAUCAAGGAAAUGUCUCAGUACAUUAAGGAGAUCAACAAAGAGGAUCUCUCCCCUGAAAGAUGCAUCAGUCUUUUGCAGUGCUUAUUUGAAAUGAAUGAUCAUUCCAUUCAUGACGAAAUUAAAGAGUACAAUCUGAAAUCACCAGAGGGCAUUAGACACACAUUAUCCCCUACUCACUGUUCAGCACUGGCCCAAAUGCUUUUGAUGUCUGAAGAGGUGCUGGAUGACUUUGACCUGAAGAGAUACAACACAUCAGAUGAGGGACGCAGGAGACUGCUCCCAGUCCUGAGUUGCUUCAGAACAGCACAUCUUGAUGGGUGUAAACUGAGUGGCAUCUCCUGUGAAACGGUGACAAGAUCCCUGCAGUCUCCUAACUCUUUGAUGCAACUCGAUCUAAGUCAUAAUGCCAUUGGAGAUUCUGGAGUUCAGCUUCUUUCUGCAGGACUCACUAGUCCCCACUGUAAACUGCAGAUCCUGAGACUUGCCAACUGUAACAUCAGUGGGAAAUCCUGUGAAAUUCUUCUACAGCCAGGAUACUCCCUGAUAGAGGUUGACUUAAGUCACAAUGACCUUGAAGAUCCUGCAAUCCAUCAUCUCUCUAAAGGAUUGGUUAGUCCUGAUUCUAAACUGGAGAUAUUAAGGUUGUCUGGUUGUCUAAUAUCAAAGGAAGGCUGCAGUUAUCUGGCUUCAGCUCUGACAUCAAACCACUCCAGUCUAAAAGAGCUGGAUCUGAGCUACAAUCAUCUUGGUGAAUCAGGACAGAAGCUGUUAUCUGCUAGACUGGAGGAUCCUGACUGUGAACUGAAGACACUCAAAAUGGACCACUGUGCUGAAAUGAGAUUAAGACCAGGUGUACAGAAAUAUGCCUGUGAUCUCUCACUGGACCCAAACACAGCACACAGAGAUCUCUGUCUCUCUGAGGAGAACAGAAAGGUGGUGUAUGUGACUGAGAAGCUAGACUAUCCUGACAACACAGAGAGAUUUGACUGCUGGCCUCAGGUGCUGUGCAGAGAGGGUCUGUCUGGACGUUGCUACUGGGAGGCUGAAUGGAGUGGGAAUGGAGCUGAUGUAGCUGUGGCCUAUAAAAGCAUGCAGAGGAAAGAAGGGGAUAAUGCUAGCAUGCUCGGAUAUAAUAAUAAGUCCUGGAAUCUGGAGUGCUCCAAUGGAAAAUACACUGUUAAGCAUAAUAAUGAAAACACUGACAUACCUGCCCCCUCCUCCUGCUCCAACAGAGUAGGAGUGUACCUAGACUGGCCGGCCGGCAUUCUGUCCUUCUAUAGCAUCUCAUCUAAUACACACACCCACCUGCACACGGUCCACUCCACAUUCGUUGAGCCCCUCUAUCCUGGGUUUUAUGUUUGGCCUGACUCCCCAGUUUCCCUGUGCCAGAUCACGUGAACUUGUGAUGCUGAAGUAACACCAGUCACACACAUUUGUUCACUGUUGAUAUUGUACAAAUUUGGCAGGUCUGUUGGUGGUUAGAGUGUGAUGGUAUCAAAACAAUGUGUUCUUUGUGAAAAGUGAUGUGAUCAUUGUCAAAGUUAGCCUUUUUAUUUUCAUUGUACUUAAUAAGCUGAGCAAAAGAAAAAAGUAUACUGUAUUCACUGUAAAGCUCAGAUAUAUCUCACGAGUACCUAAAAUAUGGGUUAGCCUCACUAAUUCAGACCAUACAGCCUGAUUCUAAAUAAUGUUGCACAAAGCAAAAAUAAGAUACAGAUGUACUUGUUGUGACACCCCAGCUCUAUCUUGCUGGGUUCAGCUCUCUCUCCAUGGCUAGCCUUAUAUUGUUUGUGGCCUGUGUCUGUUCCUCCUGCAAGUGAUCAAGAGGGAAACUGUGGAGCUUGUGAGUUCUGCUCAAGUGUGCUAAUUGGAUGGUGGAUAAAAUCAGUGCUCUCCAGUUUUCUCUCUCUCUCUCUCUGCUUUCUCUUCUCUCUUGCUUCUUCACUUUUGCACUCUUGGUAGCGCUGGCUGCAGUCCUGCUUCAUUUACCUUUUUUGGACUGUCCACAUGCUGACUUACACAACAGUUUUGCUUUGCCUUACACAGAUUGACUUCUUGUAAAUAAUACAUAUAUAAAAUAUA